CAGCAACUUCUCCUGCGUGCCAGACUUUUGAAUCUCAUGCAUUUUUUAAUGUACCGUGCCCUAUAGUGCAGAGUUACUAAGCCGCGCGGACAGCCUCCAUCAUCAUGAUCCCUAGCUGGGCGUCUAUGCAGCACACGACUUGUGCGCACUCACAGUCCUUCGAUAGGUCUGACUAGGGGAGACUAUUUGGUACUUUACCUCAGUCCGUCUCGGUUGUACUCAACAUCAUCAACCUCCGGCAAAAUGUCUCAGCUCAUCCCGAGUACCACACCCCUUCGAGCGUACAAAGAUCAUACAGACGCCAUACGCGCUGUAGUAGUUUUUCCUGAUGGCCGACGUAUGGUGACGGGUUCAUCUGACAAGACGCUUUGUUUGUGGGACUUGAGAACGGGUGCUAUGGUGAAGAAGAUGGAGGGGCAUUGUGAUACCGUGACGACAUUGGCGGUAUCACGAGAUGGGCAAUUGAUAGCAAGCGGCGAUCAGAAAGGAGCAUUUAUCGUUUGGCACGGGGAAACUGGCCAAUGCCUUACCCAAUCCACAACAGCCCACUCUAAUCGGAUCUACGCGUUGGACUUUUCUUCCGAUGGAACAGUACUGGCUAGCGGUUCAGAAGACAAUACCACCAAGUUAUGGUGCACGACGACAUGGCAACUACGAGGAAAUCCAAUUCAGUGUGGAAAUUGCAUCCGCUGUGUUCAGUAUUCGCCAUCAGGCGAACUUCUUGCGAUUGCAACACACAUCGAUAUCCAAAUCUAUAAGUCAAACACGAAGGAACGCAUCGCACAUUUCAAGGGCCAGAUUUCAUCCAACUUAUCACUCGUGUGGACGCCUGAUGGCUCACGCCUUCUCACAGGAGGCGAUGCAAAGGAUUCCACCAUACGGGAGUGGGAUACAGUGACUUGGAAGCAGGUUGGUGAUCCCUGGAUGGGACACAUUUCAGGCAUCUCCUCCAUUACCGUUCAUUCCUCGGGUACACUCGUCGCUUCUGCGUCUUAUGGUGGGCGUGUCCGUCUUUGGCGACUCUCAGAACGACGAGUCAUCGCCAUAUUCCAGCAUUCAGGUUGGGUAAGAUGUGUCACUUUCUCCGUAGAUGGCAAGCACAUCUUCAGCGGAGGUUUCGACAGGAUGAUCUCAGCAUGGGCGGUACCAAAGGAUUCUUGGCCUGAAUCAAAGGCUCAAGCCUCUGCAAACCGCCGUAUGGCCAACUUGGAAAAAUCGCUGUGGGAGGAUGUGCUUCUUGACGCACAAAAGGUAAUCGAUUUAAACCCUUUAUCGCAUGUUGGAUACCGGUUGAAGCAUACUGCGCUUCAUGGUGCACAACGCUAUGAUGAAGCCAUCGAGGCCUUCACAAUAAUGCUUGCCAAAUUGAACAAUGCUCACGAUAUACAGAUACGAAAGUUGCGCGAGCAGUAUGCCAGUCCCUCUCAAGCAGACGGUGUCAUUCAAAAGGUCAUGAAGACUCAACUUGAUACUGUUCCGCAUCGCCUGCUCAACACCACUACCGGGUUUCUAUGUGAUCGAGACAUGCAGAUAAGCGCUUUCAAAACGGCCACAGAUUACAAGCAGCUUCUUUUGUCGAUUAUGAACCAUGCAGACAUCCCAAGGGAGAUCAUCGCAGAUGCAGUGGCCAAAUACUUCGCUUGUGUCAUGUUAUCACAUAGAUGGGAAGGAAAGGAGCCGCUGCUGCAAGACAUCAAGGACAAGGCCAUGUACCAGUUGGAGCCAGCCGGUGGUCUUAGGAAGUUGCAGUUAUUCUGCAAGAAGGCUCGUGAGGCAGGGUUUCGCUGGGCGUGGGUUGAUUCGUGUUGCAUUGACCAGAAAAACAAUGUCGAGCUCCAAAAAUCACUCAACUCCAUGUUCGCCUGGUAUCAUUAUGCAGCACUUACGAUGGUCUACCUCUGUGAUGUUCCACCUUCGUCCAAGUCUGGCGCACUGGCAAAGAGUGCUUGGAACAGCCGAGGAUGGACUGUCCCAGAACUCCUGGCUCCUAGAGUCAUUCUCUUCUACCAACAAGAUUGGACUCCAUAUCUUGACAACGAUUCCCACAACCACAAGGAGUCUGUCGAAAUUAUGCACGAGUUGGAGGAUGCGACGGGCGUAGAUGCACGCGUCCUUGUUGCCUUCCAACCAGGGAUGAGAGACGCCCGAGAGAAACUCAGAUGGGCAUCUACACGUGAAACUGCUGUGGCAGAAGACAUUGCGUACUCACUAUUUGGUAUCUUCGGCAUCCAACUACCUAUCCUUUAUGACGAGAAUAAGGAGAAUGCACUCGGGCGGCUCCUGCAAGAGAUCGUGGCUCGGUCGGGGGACAUUACAGCCCUCGACUGGGUCGGACAAGCAUCCACGUUCAACAGCUGUCUUCCGGCCAACAUUUCAUCAUAUGCAGCUCCUCCAUGUACCCUCCCAUCUUUAUCCGAAGACCAGAUUCAGACAGCCAUCUCUUCUCUGCGUCAUACUGUAGCUGUGGAAUUGGCCGCUGCUCGCUUCGCGAACUGCAGACUGCAUCUGCCUUGCAUAGUGCACCGUGUCACGGAAGUCAGACGGAGACAGGAUCUAUCCCAGGAAACCAAUUUCACGUACGUAGUAAAGGCGGAUGGGCUUCGUGACCUGUUGGUCACCACGGAAGAGGUGCUGAUUCAAUUCUCGAGGACGAGGCCCACUCGACAAACAUUCUUCCUUAUCCGUCCAUGGGACCGUCGUCUGCUCGAGCUCCCUGAGUUUGCAGAAGAGCCUGCCUUCGAUAAUGACGCAGGAGAUUUGUCCGAUCUCGAGUCCCCAUUAGAUCACUCACGUUUUUCUACGAGACAAGAGCGGAUUGAUUCGGAGCGUCACUCACAAGCAUUGCGAUUGACUGUUCGCCUUGGCCAACCAUUCAGCGCAUUAUUACUCGCACAGCAGCGCGGUGGAGAAUAUAAGAGGAUCGCGUCAGAUCGUGAUAUCAUUGCACAAGUCAAAGACGUCGGUGAUGUUCACAAUAUGGAUAUUAGGACCUUAGAAAUAUUGUAGCUAUA